CACCAAGAAGAGCUGUUCAGUUGAACUCAGUAAGUUUCUAAAAAGUGUUCUCAGUCUGGACAUGUAACUGAGUCACGAGGGAAUCCAGCUGCACUGUGUGGGAAAAAAAACUUGGCUGUUACUCUGUUUUGUUCUUUCCAAACUGCUGGAUAUAUUUUGCGUCAGAGUGUAGCCACGUCGGCUGACGGACUCAGGGAGAAUGUCAGAGGAGGUGAAGCUAGAGUGUGUGCCGCUGUGUUCUGUGAGCAUGCCAGCUUCUCCCAAACAGGAGGUGUUGUGCAUCUUUGGGACGGGGGACUUCGGGCGCUCUUUGGGCCAGCGUCUCCUGCAGAGUGGCUACAAAGUGGUGUACGGCAGUCGCAGACCUCACAGUUGUGGUCCUUUGCCAUCAGGAACACAGGUGAUGAGCCAUGAAGCUGCAGCCCAGACAGCCAAUCUGGUCUUUAUUUGUGUUCACAGAGACCACUACAACUUUCUGGAAACACUUGCACCUCAGCUGAGAGGAAAGGUGCUGGUGGAUGUCAGCAAUAAUCUCAAGAAGAAUCAAUACCCAGAAGCCAAUGCAGAGUAUCUGCAGAGGCUAGUUCCUGGAGCACAUGUAGUGAAAUCUUUUAACACGCUGUCUGCCUGGGCCCUUCAGAACGGACCCUCAGACGCCAAUAGACAGGUGUACCUGUGUGGGAACAAUACGGAGGCCAAGCAGCUAGUGACGGAGGCAGCUACCAAACUGGGCUUCAGCGUUCUGGAUAGAGGAUCCCUGUCUGCAGCCACUGAACUGGAAGACUUUCCUCUGCAGCUUUUCCCAGAAUGGAGGCUGCCCAUAGCCCUGGCCAUUGGCCUCACGGCCACCUUCUUCUUCUAUCUUGUCAUCAGAGAUGUCGUCUAUGCAUACGUUGUACAAGAGAAAGAUAUCUCUUUCAGAAUAAUGGUUUCCCUGGCUAACAAGGUGUUUCCCAUUGUGUCUCUCAUUAUGCUGUCUCUCUGUUACCUGCCUGGACUCAUAGCAGCCUUCCUUCAGCUACACAGAGGAACCAAAUACAAGCGUUUUCCUGACUGGUUGGAUCGCUGGAUGCUGUGCAGGAAACAGCUGGGUCUGCUAGCUCUUGCCUUUGCUUUCCUGCACGUGCUUUACACCCUUAUCAUUCCUAUAAGAUAUUAUGUGAGAUACAAGAUUGGAGCAAGUACAAUCUCAAAAAUCAAAGAGAACAAAACUUCUGAGUUUGACACCACCGUGGCUUGGCGGACGGACUCUUACUACUCGAUGGGGAUUCUGGGAUUUGGCCUGUAUCUCCUGUUGGGAAUAAGCUCCCUGCCUUCCGUCAGCAAUGCUCUCAGCUGGAGAGAGUUCAGCUUCAUUCAGUCCAAGCUGGGAUACCUGACAUUGUUCUUCUGUACCUUUCACACUUACCUGUAUGGCUGGAACCGAUUCCUUUACGUCUCCUCCUACAAAUGGUACACUCCUCCUGGCUACAUGCUCUGUUUGGUGUUGCCCACUGUGGUGCUGGUGCUCAGACUUCUGCUCCUUCUGCCAUGUGUGGACAGAAGCCUCAUCCGCAUUCGACAGGGCUGGGAGAGGGCCAAUCCCGAAGAUGUCAGCAGGAAAACACUGCUAACGUAGGACUGUAAACACAUAUUUGAUGGUGUGCCCACACACAGUGGUGGGGUUACUUGUCUCUUAAGUGUCCUUUUCGUGUCUUAUACCCAUGGCUACAUUAUUUUGCAAAAGAGCAAAGUCCAAAAUAAAUCCCAUAAGCACAAGUUCUGGCAUGUUAAGGCAUCUAGUCUGCAUUUAAUGCAGUCUCAAUUUGCUUUAAUAUCUUCAGCUUUUUCCUCUUUUGACAUGUAAUUCUGACAUUUUUGUAUGUGUAGUGUUACAGGUUUGCCUCAAAUAUCAAAAAGGGGUUUUGUUGUAUUUUCUAUUAAAAUGACUUGUGACAGCUUUUUCUAUAUUUGUCAACUGAAAGUUGCAGAAUCAUGUUGAUCUGAUUAAAAAAAAAAAAAAAAAAAAUGUCUUUAAAAAAAAAAAUCUGCAUGAAUGGACAUACUGUGAAAUAUUAUUCAAUAAAAAGAUUUGUG